CUAAGUGAUACAGAGAUUAAGAUGGCUUCCGCUGAAGAUGGUCAGACCGACCUACUUGAGUUUUGUAAUUAUUUCGUUGAAGCAGAGGAUUUAGUCGAAGUCGUCGAACCAGAGAGGAGAUCCAUGUGCUCCAGAUGCAGUCGUCCAUUAAGUGUAUGUUGGUGUCCUUAUUUACCUAAAGAUCCACUGGAGGUGAAAACAAAUGUCUACAUUCUGCAACAUCCAUAUGAGACUUCUAGACGACUAAAGACAGCUCCCAUGUUGUACCACGGUCUUGCACCAGGAAAAUGUCACAUAAUUGUUGGGAAAAGAUUUUCAGAACAAAGGUACCCCCAGGUAAAUGAGAUUCUGAGAGCCCCGAACACCAUCCUACUUUACCCGGGUGUGGAUGCCAUGGACAUCCAGGACCUCCCUCAUCACUAUCACAGCUUUAACCUUGUGAUGCUGGACGGCACGUGGGCCCAGGCCAAGAACAUUUACUGCGCUAACAACAUCCUGUCCUGCCUAAAAAAGGUGCAAAUAAAUGACAACCCUGUCAGUAAGUAUGUGAUUCGGACACAGCCCACCGACUCUUCCCUCUCUACACUCGAGUCUGCUGCUGUAGCUAUAUCCAUCCUGGAGAAUCGUCCAGAAAUAAUUGAGACGUUGACAAAACCACUAGAUGCCCUGUGCAAGUUCCAGAUGAAUUUUGGUGCUGUUCAGCAUCAAAGCAAGGAAUAUAAAAUUGAGAAUGGACUUUGGAACAAACCUCUUUCCAAAAAAAUACUUAAAAAGAAAGAGCAAGAAAAAAUAAACUGUACACAUCAAACCAACAGCUGACAUAGGUGUGAACUGUAGGAUAAAUAUGUGAUAAUAGAAUUUCAAAAAAAGGAUUUUGUCUCUUUUCUAUGUUACAGUAGUGAUCUCAAUGAAAAACAGACUUUCACAUUUGUGAACUUUUCAUAAUACCAACUAAGUGCCUAUCCUCUCUUUUAUCAUUGGUGAAUUUAUCACGAAAUGACCAAACUGUGGUGUAGAGCCUAGUACUGUUGACACUGUGUUUACAAGGGGAUAAGGAUAUAUAAGAACAAUAUAGUAUUUUACACUGCAGACUAGAUUUAUUGAUUUUGGUGCUAUAUACCCUUUUUAUAACAUUUUAUGUUUGCAGUUUUUUUAUUGAAAAUCACCUGAAUUUCACAAGAUAUUUUCAAAUGUUCAUGGAGUAUGAAGAUUUUCUCACAACUUGGUAAUUAUUCACCAUGGUACCAUCAAAGCUAGAGGGGCUAUGUGUUUGUACUCUCUCCAUCAGUCAGUCCACCUGUAUGUCACUGUAUCCACAAUAUCGAUGUUGAUAGCUAUGCUGUAAGCGUAGGUACAAUCGACGCUUCGCAAUAUCCUAGUACACCCUAAGGAUAAAACCCCUGAAGAAAACGUCGCAGAAUGCGUAUACAAAA